ACUACUGAGCUGGUUCUAGCCACUCCGACAAAAUGGCACGAGACCGCUUUACUACCCUGCAUUCGCCAACACUCUCACUCUCGAUUCCCACACAUUACGCUGAAUAUGCCUUAUCUCGCCGCGUCGUCUCCACACAGCCGCUGCGUCACAAACACACCUGUGCCGUACGUAAUCCCUUUGCACUGAUCCACCACGCCGUACUACAUCCAGCCUCACGUUGCGGCACAGCGCAGAUCAGGCUGCUUACGCCGUGGCACACCCCAGCACACGGCGUCCCAGUCUCCUUUGUGCUAUUACUAGUCACUCUCAUUUUGUUCUCGCAUGCAAAUACGUAGUAGGAGUUAGGUAAUCCAACAUCCAACAUCCAACACGCCCCCUCAGCACGUCAAGUGACAUUGUGCCACGAGACUGUAGUAGUCCCACCGCCCAUAGUACCUAGCCUUAUCCAAAGCAAACGCAAAAGAUCCAAGCCCAACUACUACGCGCCGACGCCCCCCCCCC